AUUUUGCUUUCAAACGGCAGCGAUGGACUUGAACGUCGCUUCCGUUCCCGUGCAACAAGCUGGAGAAUCGUUCGUUCUUCGCGGGUGGAGGAUGUUAUUAACAGCGACCACGAUGGUGGACAAAUUGUGGAGCCCUGGACACACGUUGAUGUUAUAAAGCUCCUGGGCCGCUGACCAGUGGUUGGGAACAGCUGGUACAUUUGACGUCAAGAUGGCAAGAGACAGGAAGUGCAUCCUCUGCGAGACAGUCCAUGCCUCCAAGCAGGAGAUGGUUGAACACUUGAGAAGCAUGCUGCACCACCGCGAAUUGGAGAAACUUAAAGGGCGGGAUUGCGGCCACGAGUGCCGGGUGUGCAAUGUGUCGCUGGUGAGCCUGACCGACUACGCCGGCCACAUCUCCAGCCCCGUGCACAAGCAAAACGUGGAGAAGAUAAAGAUCACGCCCGGCGGCAUCCAUCGUGACGAGGACUACUUUGACCACACGCUGGUGGAGCUCGUUCAAAAGAGGAAAGAGCAGAUACGCAAAGAAAAGGAAGCAGCUGCUGCCAAGCUGGUCCAGGAGUCGGCGGACGCAAAAAAAAGGGAGAUCCAGCAGAGGAUAAAAGAAGCCAAGGAACGCCAGCAGCUUGACAGAAGCGCCCAGCAUUUGCCGUAUGGCCUCUCCUGGAAUUAUUCGCAAUACAAUUGCAGAGGCGGCCAACAGAACGGCUUCCGGGCAUCUUCGCCCUCCUUGAAUGGCAGCGCACAAAACACGCAAGGAAAAAGCGCCACCUGGCAUGCUCAAGCGCCCCCCAACUUCCAGAGGUGGGGUUCGGGGAACUUUCAAGGCAGUCGCAGCUAUUCGCAAGAUGGUGCCUUGGGCUCCCCCGGGGGUUCCUUUUCCAACCCCAAUAGACUGCCCUGGCUCAGUAACCAGGGCAGCAGCUACGGUAUGUAUGGCAGGAAUAACAUUUCACAGUUCUCAGCAAAUAACCGACAGAUGAGCUACAACAAGCCCUCGCCGACGUACCCGCCGCCACCGCAGUUUUUUGCCAGUCCUAUGAGCUCUCUUGAAAACAGGGCUGAUGAGAGCUUGGGGCUCGGGAGUAAAGGGAUGGCAACAGCCAACUGUGAGCCCCGCGGCAAACAGAGUUUAGCCAGCAACCCAAAGCUGGACAAGAGCUCCCGCUGGUCUCCUUAUUCAGUCAACAAGAUAGUGGACUCCCUACCCGGCAAGGAUACCCUGCCCAACCAAGCGGAACACCCAAAAGGGCCCAAAAGCCAGGAAAAAACAGCACGAGCAUUCACGUCCUCUGGGCAGGAACGGAAGGAGACGCCGAAGAGUAAACACUUGGACCGCAGCGCAGAUGGUCCUUCCAAGAGUCAAGCCGAAGUGCAUCCAAAACCCCAAAGAACCCGAACCCCUCCUGUUGGACCCCUGCAAGCACCAAAGCUACCAGAAACCUGCAUGAAGUCCUUGGCCCGGUCCAAGUGGAAGAGCUCUUGGGACAGCCGUCAGCCAGAAACGCCUCGAAACACCGCUGACGGGGAGCCGCCCAAGGAUCCGGUGCAGUGUCCAGUUACGGAGAACAAGGAUAAGAACUGCCAGCAGAACGCAACAAAACCGAAAUCAAGGCACGCUGCUCAGAGUUCUCAGUCUUGUGCGGCCAAGGAAAAUCUCUCGGCAUCCUCUUCUGAGAGCAUCCAGUCCCUGCAGGUCAGCACCUCCAGCGCCAAGAAACCACGGCCCGCGGCCUCAAAACGUGACGACCCGGAGAACGAGAAGGAAGCUCCCACCUCGCCGCCACGCGACGGAGCCACGAAGGAAACGGAAGAUGAUGAUAGUCCCAAGGGAGAGGCCUCCAGUUUGGACAAAACAUGCGACAAGGCGUCCGGCUUGUCCAAACUCGACCUGCCUCCCGUUCUCAAGCGCGACCUGACCAAGCACAUCAGCACCAAGACCAAGACGGGCGGCCACGAACCCAACCUCCACAGCGCCAGGCGCAUCCGCAACCUGAGCGAGUCGCGGCGGGCGGACAGCGAAAAGGACUCCGGACUCAAGCCGACUGUGCGGCAGCUCAUCAGCCACUCGGGGUCCCGUCGGAAGGUCAACUGGGAGCAGGUGUACCAGGAGGUGCGCAAGAAACAGGACAAGGGGAAAGGAAUGCCCAGGUUCGGUAUUGAAAUGGUCCCAAAUGAAGACCAGAGCCAGGAGGAGGACAACAUGGCGAUGCUGGAGAACUUUCCUUGGGAGUUGCUAAUGGAGAUCUCUCCUCCCACCACCUCCCGCAAGCGCUCCCUCUCCGAGAGCAGCCUGGCUCCGCCUUCUGAGCACUCGCUCCUGCAAUCCAAGGAGACCCCGCGGAGGUCCCCCGCCGCCAAGGAGAGCGGCGGCCGGCCCGAUGCCGAGCAGAUUCUCAACCUCGCUGUGGAGGAAGCUCAAAAGCGAGCCGAUAAGCUGAUGUCAGAGAAGGCCAAGGCGCUCCGGAGAUCCGACUGCAAGACGGGGGAGAAAAGUUCCGGAGUCGAGCAGAUGGACGGACAGGGAACAGCGAAGAGGCGAAGAACGCCCGGGGAUGUUCAGAGCCAAGAGGCUUCUGGUCUGGAGCAAGACAACAAAAGACGAAAGACCAAAUCCAAAACAGCGGAUCGCUUACACAUCGACCAGCUUCUGGCCGUGUCGUUGCGAGAAGAGGAGCUGAGUCGCUCGCUGCAGACGGCGGAAACCCAACUGGUCCAAGCGCGGGCGGCACUGGAUUUCGCCUACAUGGAGAUGCAGAGAGCCAUGGUGGUCAAACAGCAGAUCUCCGUCGAGAUGAGCACACUCCGAGAAAAACGAAUUGAGUUAUUAAAAGGGAUGCAAGCCAACCACACGGAGGCGGCCAAAGUACCUCUUAUCCAACCGAAACAGGAGAAGACGGACCCCGCAGGAAGUGAACCGGCCUCUGUGGCUCCGUUGUGCUCUCUCGCGAGCAUUGCAGCUCUUGGUCGGAGCGCUUCGCCCCCGCCAUCGUUCUCCGUUGCCAUAGCCAUCAAGCAGGAGCCCCCGUCCCCCGUGGGAGUCAGCAGUGAAUCGAACCUUUUGGACAAUGUAACAUGCCCCGAGUACAUAACCGCAGCGGAAGUCAAGCCUGAGCCAAUAGAAAAAACUGAAAGCGAUGCCCGGAGUCCGUCGGGAUUGGCAGAGUCCACGGAAAAACCCGUUCAGGCCACCUUCCUCCCCGACUCCAAAGAUGACGUGAAGCUGUCGGCGUCCAGCAGGAGGAGCCCCGAGACAUGCGGCCCUGCCGAUCACUUGCCGACAUUCGAGACACCCCAAGCGCCAAACGCUUCACCCGGUUCGCUCUCAGAGUUGAGCAGCGGCAAACGAGUGAGGAAGCUGAAGAAGAGGAAGGUGUUGGAAAAGGCUCACAGCAACGCGCUGCCGGAGAGCAGCGACACCGAGAUGGAUGCCGAGGCCUCCAGGCCCAGGUGGUCUCGACAGCAAAGGAGGGCCAGCAGUGGCAGCGGCAGCACUCAGGUCAGCACCUCCUCGCUACCGCGAGGGGGUGACAUUUUGAUGGAGGAAGACGCCAAGCCUCGCAAACAGGAGGUGGAGGUAAAGAUGGAGACGGGCGCAACCUUCGAGCAGCCCCUCGGGACCACCUCGUUCUUUCCUGCAGCUCACAUCCCGGACUCGUCCAGAAGCGAGCAGCCGAGUCUGGCCUGCAAUGAGGUCACCUCCACCAGCGAUAUGGACAUCUGUAAAUCAUCUGAGAGUGAAAUGUCCUUUCCAAAGAUGCAAUGGAGCUCUUACACAUCGUCCGGCAUCUUUGAGGGCCACCAGGAGUCGGUGAACGGCAUGCAGAUCCACAACGGCCUGCUCUACACAUGCUCGGGGGACCGCACCAUCAAAGCCUUCGACUUGAUGACUCACAAGUGCGUUGCUAUCUUUUCCGGACACACGUCCAAAGUGAGCUGCUUGCUAGUGUCGGCUUCCCCCUGCCUGCAAGCCCGCCUGUACUCGGGCUCCAGCGACCAGACCAUACGCUGCUACAGUCUCAAGACGCAGGAAUUAGAGCAGCAGUUCAAUAUGGCAGAUCGGGUCCUGUGCCUCCACUAUCGAUGGAAGUUCCUCUACGCCGGUCUAGCAAACGGCACUGUGGUUACCUUUGAUCUUAUGACCAACAAGCAACGGGACGUGUUUGAAUGCCACGCGCCACGGGCCGUCAGCUGCCUGGCCACGUCGCAGGAGGGUACGCGGCGCAUCCUGCUGGCGGGCUCCUACGACAGCACCAUCAGCGUGCGCGACGCCAAGACCGGUCUACUGCUGCGCACGCUGGAAGGACACACCAAGACCGUCCUUUGCAUAAAGGUUGUGAACGACUUGGUGUUUAGCGGCUCCAGUGACCAGUGUGUCUUCGCGCACAACAUCCAUAGCGGCGAGCUGUUGCGCAUCUACAAGGGCCACAGUCACGCCGUCACCGUGGUCACGGUCGUGGGGAAGGUGAUGGUGACCGCCUGCUUGGAUAAGCAGGUCCGGGUCUACGACAUACAGUCUCGAGAACAGCUGCAGGUGUACACCGGACAUUCGGACAUGGUGACGAGCAUGACGGUGCACCAGAGCAAAAUUUACACCGGCUGCUAUGAUGGCAGUGUGCAGGCCGUCGAGUUCAAUCUGACGCAGAACUACCGCUGCAGGUGGCACGGCUGCACACAAGUUUUCGGCGUCAUGGCGCACCUGCAACAGCACAUGGUCACCGACCACGUCACCAACCAGCAAACGCUCCGAUGUCGCUGGAAGGACUGCGAGGAAUUUCUCUGCGCUCGCAACGGCUCCAAGCAGGCGAUGCUCGCGCAUGUGCAGAAGCACGCCGAUGAGGCCCAACCGGAGCCUUGAGUUCCCAUCUCCCAUAUUGGGCGGAAGUUUGGGACCUUAGCGUUCUAUGUUGGAAUCCAACGUUCAAGUGUCUCCCUGUCCAUUUUUUUCUACGACCGGUAGAGUGCAGCGGCUGCGGACAUCCUCGCAUGCCGCUGCCCCGUCUUUCUGCACUGACCAAAAAUGAAAAUGAAGACCCUUCUUUUCGAGGAGGUUUUUUUUUUGUUUUGGCCAAGGAAACGUCAAGGCCGGCGAGAGAGGAAACGCCGUGCAUUUGCAUCCGGCAGCCGCACUGUAUGGCAUGGGAAAUUUUUGUUGUUGUGACGUGUCUUUGUGAGCAACCGCACCAUCCUUUUAAUUGAGCUUUUUUUUUUUUUACUUUUUUUUUUAAACAUCUUAAUGAAAAACGGCUGUUAGUCCUUUGAAGCGAUCUCCAUGACGGAUUGCGUCUUGUUAGCUUAACAAAGUUUUUUGUUUGUUUGUUUUUUGAGUUUUGUUUUGGCGUUUUUUUUUCGGAAUCACUUCAUAAUAAUGUUGUUUAACACUUUAAAAGCUUUAGUAACCUCUAAAUACUUUGACAGAGUGGCAUACAUCUUGCCAACUAUUAAGCCCGCGUUCUACCAAAUUGUUGUUACGUUUUUUUGUUGGUUUUUUUUGUUGCUUGUUGCUCAUAGUUUUUUGAAGAUAUUUGAGGGAUUUUGGUGCAGUGUCAUGUGGCCGGUUUUUCAUUUUUUGCUGUGAAAACCAAAAGUUAUGGCCUGAAAAUAUGUGUAUGAAUGUCUCUGGGGCGGCAACACGGGCCAAAAAGGAUAGCUCUUUGGAGUUGUGACAUUUUUUAGAAAAUUUUAUAAUUGGAUUGUGGCUGUUUUGUUAUCGAUACCGAAGGAGGGGAUACAUUGCAGCAUUAUAUUUUUCAUACUUCCAACAUAUUAAUAUAUAAACGUGGCGGUGACGUGAGGAGUUGACGAGGCGCAUGUCGGAGGAGGUGUUUGAUGGAGCAGUAGGAAGAAAUUAUCUCCCAUGCCAUACCCCCCACCCACACAACACUUCCGAAUGAAAGUCCCGGUUUUAUACAAAAAAAAAAAAACAUUGUUGCGAGUUAUUUUUAAACCUCAAGUCUCACUCACCGUCGUAUGUUCUAUACGUUUUCUGCUUAAGUCGGAAGGAAGCAAAGCACGGCGUUCACCUCCGGCCUGGCAACACUGACUGUCUUUCACUUAUUUGAUUAUGUUACCUAAUUUUUUUUUAA